GGGAGCAGUGAAACCCCAGUUUCAAAAAUCGCUUUUUCUGUUUACUAGGAAAUAUAAGCCUAGUAUUGUAGUGAUUCUAGAACCUCGGUGUAGUGGUCAAAAAGCUUCUGACAUUAUCCGAAAAUCUGGGUUUAAGCAUGCUUUUGUUCAAGAGGCAAAAGGUUACUCAGGGGGUAUUUGGAUCCUCUGGAAUGAUGAGACUGGUCUCGUUGAAAUUGGUAAUCACACAAAACAGUUUGUUCAUUUUAAAGUUCAGAAUUUUCAUGUUCCUUCCUUUUCUUGCACGGCAGUUUAUGCGAGUCCUAGGGAAGAAAAUAGAAAGAAGCUAUGGGAUGAUCUGUUAAACAUUAGUCUCCAUUGUAAUGGGCCGUGGUUGGUGGCUGGGGAUUUUAAUGAAAUAGCAAAUCGUGAUGAGAAGGAAGGUGGUUGUAGAGUUAACUUAAACAGAUGUUCCAAUUUUGCAAAUGUUCUUCAUAAUUGCAAGCUGCUGGAUCUUGGAGGAUCGGGUCCUUGGUUUACAUGGAAGGGUCAGAAGUUUCUUCAUCUUGAUCGUGUUUUUAAGAGGCUGGACCGAGCCUGUGCUAAUGCAAGUUGGAAGACUACCUUUACUGAUGCUGGCGUUAAUUCAGAAUCAUGUUGA